AAAGGUGGGAAGACUGGUUUAGCAGGAAAGGUGACUCAAAUCUCUUUUGAAGCUCCUGACGAUUGAAAUUCUCGCACAUUUCGCCAGUUUCAUGUGCUGUUGCACAAAAAGGAGGACGGCUCUAAAGAAACAAAGCGGGAGGAUUUCCUGUUAUGUGUCCAGUUAUCGUUCCUUCACAUGCCACAGCAGAGCCACAAGUCUCGGGUGAAAGUAUCGAAAGAAAGCUGAUCAGUCGGGCCGUGCUUCUUAAGGUUCUGAAGACAUUCAGCAAAAUGGUUGAAAUGAUGUCGAACAAAUCUAGCAAUAUGUCCAGCUGCCCAAUGAUUGAUGAUUUUCGAAAUCAAGUCUAUUCUUCAGUAUACUCCAUAAUUUUUGUGGUGGGCUUGUCAGGAAAUGCCUUUGCUGUAUAUGUGCUAGUGAAGACUUUUAAGCAAAGAACAGCUUUCAACAUUUACAUGCUCAACCUGGCGGUGUCAGAUUUGAUGUGUGUAUGCACCUUACCCUUGCGAGUGAUUUAUUACACUUACAAAGGCAAAUGGAUCUUUGGGGACUUCUUGUGCAGAAUCAGUUCUUACGCUCUCUAUGUCAAUCUGUACUGCAGCAUUUACUUCAUGACUGCCAUGAGUUUCACCCGAUUCCUGGCCAUUGUGUUCCCUGUUAAGAAUCUGAAAAUAGUGAAUGUUAAGAAGGCCAAGAUAGUUUGUAUUGUGAUAUGGGUUUUUGUGACACUGACAAGUGCUCCUUUCCUGUUAUCAGGCUCUUACACUGAUGGAAACAAAACAAAGUGCUUUGAACCUCCAACUACUGGAAGAAAAGGGCGCCUAAGUAGCCUUUUGAUAAUGAAUUACAUAUCUCUAGUUUUAGGCUUCAUCCUACCCUUCCUUAUCAUUCUUAUUUGUUACGCAUUUAUCGUAAGGACCUUAAUGAAAAGCACAGCAGUCAUUCAUAAGAAGACAACAUCACGUCGAAGAGCAGUGCAUUUAAUUAUAAUUGUGCUAGCUGCCUUUCUGAUCAGUUUCAUGCCAUAUCACAUCCAGCGCUCAAUACAUUUGCAUUCCCUGAAUCAGGAAAUGCACAGCUGUGACGACAUUGUUUACAUGCAGAAGUCAGUGGUAGUCACACUUUGUCUGGCUGCUGCAAACACCUGCUUUGAUCCACUCUUGUACUUCUUCUCAGGGGAGAAUUUUAGACGAAGGCUCACAAUUUCUUUCAGUAGAAAAUCAUCUGUGUCAAGCAAUCGUAUGUCAAUCAAAAGGAAACGCUCAAUGAUGCAAAUUGAAAAUGACAAAUUUGAUGAAGAUCCUUGCACUCCUACAGGAACAAGUGGAAGCAACAGCAACAAAAUCUAAACUUGCAGAGAAGCAUCGGAACAACCUUUCAAAGUGCAAAACAAGUUUUGUUGAAAUCCUGUUUCCAUUACAGAAAACAAAUACAAAUCAAAUUUUGCUAUUAAGUCUUUAAAUUCAAUCAUUGGAACAGUCUAAUGCCUCCUCAUUAGAUGUUAUUAUCAAGAAUUACUGGAUUACUGAGUCUUGAUUUUAU